ACUUACCUGGUUAAAUAAAGGUGAAAUAAAUAAAUAAAAUAAAACCUGUGUGGAGGGUGGGACACAGCCUCAACCAAAUCACAGAAUUCCCUUUCUUUUCCAUACAGGACCACAGUCAUCCGUUUCUCACCAUGCUGGACCUGUCCUCCAACCGUCUGACCACACUACCCUGGGAGGAUGUGAAGGCACUACCGGGGUCAGUGCAGAAGGGACUGUACCUCCAUAACAACUCACUGGUGUGUGAGUGCUCCAUGUACAGUGUGUUCUGGCCCUGGGAGCAGAGGGACUUUACAGAAGAGAACACCUGUCUGAUCUACGGCGAGCCCCGCGCCUCAGUACGGAUCCUCCAGCACUCCCGCUACUUCCAGAACUGCACGGUGGGGAAGGUGGUCUCACUGCCUGUUGUUGUUCUCAUCUCCAACCUCAUAGUGUAUGAGGGGGAGAGGGUGCAACUGGACUGCCAAACCUCCCUCCGGGGUAAAGAGCUGUCAUACAUGUGGGUCUCACCAAAUCAGGAGCACCUGACCCAGACAAGCUUCAAUGACACCCGCAUCAACGUGUUCCAUAACGGGACCUUGGAGAUACCAGCAGCCAGGGUGAAUGACACGGGAGUCUAUGUGUGUACGACCCGGGACAACAAACACAUGCUGAACGCAACCAGGGAGGUGAAUGACACCGUGGUCAGUGCCAUGCCUGACUCCUUCAACACAGGCUACACCACUUUGCUGGGCUGAGUGGUCUCCCUGGUUGUCAUCCUGUACCUUUACCUGACACCCUGCCGGUGUGGGUGCUGUAAGCAGCCCCCGGCCAUCCCCAUCCCGGCCUACAACCCGGGCACCCUGGCCUCCAUCUUCUCCCCCACACUGAGCAACAAGCACGUAGUGUUCAUGGAGCCCAUGCUGGAGGAUCAGAACGGGGGCCUGAGGGUGGCUCUUGCCACGGAGCAGUCCACACUGCAGUGGGAGUGGGACACCAUUGGACUGACCUAGUUAAACAUUGAGCCCCUGACUGAAAAAUAACAAUGGAAGACUGUAAUUACAUCCUCAUUCCUGUCCUAUUUCUCUGGUGGAAGGCUUCAUCUAACCGGACUAUCCUCGGGAAUAAUCGCUGAGCCAUGAAGAGAGUGAAAGAGAGCUCCCCACAGGACUGUACAAGGGCUCAUACUAAUUAAUGUUCCUCCUAUUUCCUCUCCUCUUUGUCUCAUUGAAGACCAGGUGUUGAGUUUUGCAGGAUUAGACUAUAUAAAAUUGCCCAUGCUAUUGGGGAGGGUUGGAGCAAAGUUGAUUGAAUUCAGCCAACAUUGCAGUGGAACACUAAAAUGUCCGGACUAUGAAGCUAUGGCACUGGAGACGUUCUUAUCUGCUCUCAGUUAAUAACUUCUCCUCUCCUCAGAAACAUGAUCUCCCCUUCUGUGUGGACGCAUUCUGCUCCCUUCACAAAUUUAAAAGCAUUACAUUGGUGUAAGGAUGGGCAGAUUUCAGACAGAUUUCCACUAACAUUAGUUUUUUUCCAAAUUUGUCAACAUUAGUUAAUUUAAUUCAUUUAAAAUUCGUAAAUGGGAGUGUAUGAGUGGACACUUGUGUGUGAAAUGGGUGGGACAGAAUUGGGCAACAGUGAAGAAGAUUCCUAUUGGGAGAUUUAUUUUGGACUUCCACGAAAGCUGUUAGAGCAAUAGUGUGUUUGGAAUUGAAAUGAUUAUAGUGUGAUUACAGGUAGAUGUCGAUGUAUCUAAAGCAAAUGUAAAUGGUUUUAUAUCUAGGGAAAUUAAGUAGAUUACAGCUAGAAGAUAGUUGGAUGAAGUUCAUUAUAUUUUGUUGUAUCAUUAACCUUGUUAAUUCUGUACAGUUAAUGUAACCACUUUGAUAUAAACCAUUUAGGUACUCUAUACAAACUCCUGA